CCCCUCUCCAGUCAGCAAACAUGUAUGAGUGGCUGUAAUGCAGAGGGAUACAAGUCGCAUCAACACAGUCCGUAGGAAACAAGGUAACGGCAAGUUGUCAAGAUACCACCGAUCACAACGGAAAACGCGUCUGCUGGCGGGAGUUUACCGCUGAGGCGUCGGAUGGAUGAUGAGGAGGAGGACAUGUCACGGCCCAUCUCGCAGCUCUGGGGAACGCCCUUUAGGGACGUCAAAUACGAAGACCGCGCCACACAGAUCGCGGCCGGACAGGCUCUUGUCGCCGUCACCGCUGCCGUGCCAGCGUCGCAGAGCCACAACAACAACAGCAUCGGCAUCAACACGCUGCCCUGCAGCUUGCACCGGCAGCCUCGCAUACCCUUUCACGGCAACGCUGGAUUACGCUCACAUUUCCCUGCUCAGUUUGAGCCCAUGGAGGACCGGGGAGAGAGGCAGAUUGAGGAGGAGGAGGAGGAGGACAGAGGGGAGGAAGAUGACAGGAUGGCAGAGAGGCCCGAGGAGCAGGCGGGGGUGAGCGUCGAGGUGCAAAUCGGUCGUAAACUUCGGGAGAUCGGAGACAAGUUCCAACAGGAUCACGUUGAACUGUUCCUGAGGCAUCAGAGACAAAACCUGCCUGCCUGGAUGCGCCUCACGAUGGCCCUGUUUGGCUUUCUGUUUCCAAGAGAGGCUCUCUUUCCCCGCCUGAGAGGACAGCAGAGAUGAAGGGGCUUCCUGCCGGCCCUUGCCUCAGCCCUUGUUUUACCCCGACAGGAACAAGGGACCAGACUUUUUAAGAGAUGGCACUGUAAGAUGGAACACGGGUUUGGAUUUUGUUUUCUAAUUGAAUACGAAGAUGAGAUGAAGAAAACACUGGUCACCGCUGGACGGAGACUGAUUACAAUUUUU